UUCCGCGGUGCACAGGAGCAGCGACGCCAGGAACAGCAGAAACACGACGCCUCCGUUGAGCUUCAUAUCUCGACGAGAAUUUAAACGUGCGGCCACAUUACAAACCCAAUGCCGGCAGUUUCAGCACGCUCAUCACCCCCUCAGACACGCGGCACGCAAAGCGCACAAUUGAUCGUGCUUGACACGUACGUGGACAUUCGCAAGUACCGUCUUGCCCCUUCGACCAAUUACGUCAUUAGGACACGUCAAUACACAUCUUUCUUCGGAACGAGCGUCCGUGUCAACAAAAACAAGAUACUCGAGAGGGACAAUCUCGCCGAUAAACUUGGGAUUUAUCUUUGUAAUCACGACACGGGCGUUAAGUCACGCGGGAAAACAUUCGCCGGAUCAGCUGUUUGCGUUAAAGGCAUGCAAUCGCCAUAAUAAACGCGUGCGCCGCUAACGCCGAGCACGAAUACGUCACGUAAUAUCACGAUUGUUUAUACCGCGUAACUUCGGCGACACGACACGAUGUAUCGCGAUUGAUCACGGAAGGGAAACCACGCACGAACGUUACGCACCGCUACGUGCAACGGAAUGUUUUAUUUUCGCUCCAAAUUUACUCCAAAUUUUCGCGCGUUCAAUGUUCAAACUUCAACUCGUUGAACGUUGAAUCUUCUUCGGCCGAAACGAUCGAACACGAUAUCGGUGAGGCAUGCGAGUAUGCACACACCAAACACGGUGACGUUUGUAAAUUAAAGAUUACACUAGAUGAAAGAUAAUGGUAGCAUUUUCUUUAUUCGGAACUAAUUAAGCCGCAAGGUUGCCUCGACUGAUUCAAAGAAACACGGACGAUGUUGCAGGUUAACCGUGCAAAAGCUGCGCGAGGACGCAUCGUGCGCGGUAAAAUUGCACAAAAACGAAUAAAACUAUCGUUAAAAGUUUAGAAAAAACAUCAUAAAACGGAGACGUAUACGAAAUGUUGAGAAAUUCGGAUUAUUCGUCUCUUUCGAUCACUCUAACCUUUCGAGAGUAUCUGUGACUGCGUCCAAAAAACCUCAAAAAUUAUGCCAUAACCUAACAAUCGCCAGCGCCCCCUCGCGGAAUUUCCGUAUUCUAAGCUCAUUGUUGCUCGUUUAACGCAGUUUUCCGAACACACCUGACGUUACAUGUCCGAACGAGGCGAAAUAUCUUUUCCGUUUCAAGUACACGUAAUUUUAUGAAAUGCGUCAACAUUGCGAAUUUCUCAGACCGAAGAGUAAUCCGUGAAUUUUUCACAGUGACAAUGAAAACGAAAGGAUUUCUACCUCGUCAUUCUUCUGUUUGUAAAUUCUCAAUGUAAAACUCUUUGAUUGUAUAAUUGAUUACAUUAACGUUAUCACUGCUGUUUACUAAAUCAAUUUGAUCAUCUCGCUACGUCGUACGAAAGUUGUACAGAUCCACGAUUCACGUGGCACUGUCAAAUGAAAAAGAGAAGCCUCGCCUCUCUUUUUUCCCCCCUCCGACUUACCAGAAAAGUUUUAUAAAGCCACUUUACGUAGACGCAGCUGGUCAGGGCGCAACAACAUUAACAAGCAUUAGCGUUGUUACGCAGCAGCGUGACUUACAACGGUCUCAAGUUCCUCCACCGAGCGAUUUAUCGGGGAGUAGGACAGGGUUACGCUCCGUGGAGAGGGUAGUGGAGUAGUGGGGCUGCUGGUUUGCGGGGUUAGCAGUGUCGGUUAAUACGGACCUGCUGCAUCGACCUACCUCGCGUUCGCGUUCGAGGCUCUCGUACUUUUGUAUCGCGUCGGUCGCUCGGUUAAUUGCCUCGGUCGCCGAUGAUACUCGAGUAAUAAGAUAAGCGACGUGGACUUUUGUUCGGCAGUCGCGAGUCCGACCGUGUGCCAGCGAAGCGGUGUGCAUCGCUCGUUAACAUCCGUAAUUCCCUUCUACGCGAAUAAAAUCAGCGUUGCUCCUGCGAGUAUUAUUUUUUUGAAUUCGUACGCGGGUGACUACUAUAGCGUGUGAACUUUCGAUCGUAAACGCUCGCUGGCACUCGUACGCGUCACUCGCGAUAAUGUCAGUUGUCUUGGGUCGCGCGACCAGUCGGCAAGGACUCGGUUAUCGUUAUCCGGACUACCGAAACGCGAACGGUGAACGCGCACGUUGCCAUCGUGGCGCGCGAUAAAUACCCGCGUGCAUUCGCGACUUGCCUUGCCGCCGGGUCAGUUCGUUUGUUUACGGCGCCCCGAGUCCACGCCGCUCGUUAGUGGCCGCGUCGUCUACGUUGUCGCCGUCGCGCGUGAUCUCCGCUCGAAUCUAGCGAUUAUCCGCAGCGUGAUCGCAAAACGGGGGAUCAAGGUGGUUCGAGUCACGCUUUUCAACACACACAACACGCGCGCGCGCACACACGUACUGACCAAACGCAGUUCACCGAGCCGAGAGGUAGUGGUAGAAGCGAGUAGAUCGGCGUCUGACCAUCUGAUCUCGCGCUCCCCUUUUCCGUCCCGUCAAAUGGUGGAGAGUGGCAAACGUCGGUGAGCCAUGGAGGAGAACACGAGUGCCGUCCUCGAGGAGAUCUUCUACGUGACGUCGAAGCGGAACACGUACUACCGGGUGAAGCUGACGGAGAAGGGUCUGAGCCUGCGGAAGGAGCACAACGGUGCGACCAAGACCGAGACGAUCGCCCUGAGCGAUAUAAUCGGCUGCAGAUGCAUGCGGUCGAAGCGGAGGAACGCGGGCAGCUGCGCCUGUCGACCGGGCGCGUCCAAGUCGCAGCUCAGGCUGGUCGAGUCGGCCACCGAGGCCUACCAGUACAACGACGAUCACGACACGUCCGCGUACCUGUACCUUUACGCGUACGCCCUGAAGAAGAUGCGAGUGAAGGGUACGCUGAAGCGCGAGCGCACGACCAUCACGCUGCGCUUUCGCAGCUUCGACAAGUACGAGGACAAUCUGCGCGAAGCGAGCAGGUGGCGAUUGGCGAUCAAGUGCCUGAUCGCCAACGUGCCGGUGCCGAAGAAUCUGAUGAGCCCCAGUCACGGGAACCUGGAGUCGCUGAUUGGCGCAUGUCCGGGAGAGAAUAGGAAACUGUUGGUUCUGCUGAAUCCAAAAUCAGGACCCGGCAGAGGUAGGGAGAUCUUCCAAAGAAGGAUCCAUCCGAUCCUGUCGGAAGCGGAGAAAUCUUACGAGAUUCACAUUACCAAGUGUCCCAACUACGCCCGCGAGUUCAUCCGCACGAGAGAUAUCUAUCAAUGGAGCGGUCUAUUAAUGGUUGGCGGAGACGGAAUCGUCUUCGAGGUGGUGAACGGACUGCUUCAGAGAUCGGAUUGGGAGAAAGCACUACACGAACUACCACUCGGAGUAAUACCCUGCGGUUCCGGUAAUGGCUUGGCGAAAUCCAUCGCCCACGCUAAGCAAGAACCGUAUGACCGCAAUCCUCUGCUUAUCAGCGCGUUAACAGCGGUUAAGUGCAAAACAACGCCGAUGGAUCUCGUGCGUGUAGAAACUAGAAAUCAGAUACUCUUUUCGUUUCUGUCGGUGGGCUGGGGCCUGCUGGCCGACAUUGACAUCGAAAGCGAACGGUUACGAGCAAUCGGAGGCCAAAGGUUUACCGUAUGGAGCGUAGCGCGUUUAAUAGGAUUAAGAACGUACAAAGGCAAAGUGUCGUAUUUACCUUGCAACAAGGUUCCUUCGUUGGAGAAUGUGGCAAACGGCAAGAUAUAUUGCAAGGACUACGCUACGGAGAACACAUUGUCACACUCGAGAAGUUACGGCGAUGAAUUGGAUAGGUACUGUCCCGCGUCCGAAUCAAAGAGCUUCCACGAUCCACUCGACGAAUCGUCCAACGAUUUAAACGGCUGCGACGAUUUUGACGUGAUACCUGAUAAUCUGGCGCUCGAGACGGAAACCGAGAGGAGGCACAGACUUGACAGCUUCUACUCGGCUACGUCGGCCAAGUCAACGUAUUUCAGUGCGGGCUCGGUCUCGAGUUAUCACAGUAUCGAUGACGAUAGCGCGGAUAUUGGUACGGAAAACAUCAAUAACAGCCAAAUUAUGUACGGGCCGUCGUCCACGCUUCCAGCGUUAACUACGCAACCCUCCAAUUCCUGGACAACGGUUCAAGGAGAAUUUGUAAUGGUACACGCGGCCUACCAGACCCAUUUGGGACAGGAUUACUUUUUUGCGCCACGUGCCACGCUGGCAGACGGAGUUAUCUGGCUGUUAAUAGUCAAAGCUGGUAUCACACGAGCCAACUUAGUGCAAUUUCUGCUGGGAUUGAGUAGCGGAACUCACUUGACCUGCUCUGGCGUCGACAUGGUGCCCGUAAAAGCAUUCCGGAUAGAGCCUGUGGAAGGGACAACCGGACACAUAACCGUGGACGGCGAGGAAGUCGAUUACGGGCCGUUGCAGGCUGAGAUAUUUCCUUCUCUAGCAUCGGUAAUGACGCUCUGACAUAAAGGAUAGUCGUGUACGUUUAAGCGGUAUACGAUAUCGACAACAAUAUCAGAUAAUCCUUUGGAUGUAUUCCUAGACGAGUGACUCGACUAGUUUAGCGCGAAUUAGCGGUAACACGCAAGAUUGUUAAUACGUUAUACUAAUACGAAUAUUCAUUGAGUAUUCCGGAUUGUAAAUUUUUAAAUUGACAAUCUGCGUAGGCUGUUUGCAAUUGAAAUCAAUGAAUUGUCCAGUCAUGAAGGCUGGAAACAUUUUCUUCUAUCAUUUUCAUACGUAUACACACCCACGCGCGCGCAUAUAAUUAUUUAUUAACCCUGGGCUUAGGCGGAUUAAAUCUGUUGCAUUCCAAUGAAUGUAUUUAGCUAUUUUGUAAAGUUUUCUAUCAGCUUGUACAGUGUAUCUAUACGUGCGACGCAUGCUGAUAUAUAUAUAUAUAUAUAUACAUAUGUAUACAUGUUUUUUUUUGUUCGUUUCCUCUCUCUUAACACAAUUACAAACUGUAACAUCACACGUAAGAUACUAUACUUGUUGCGUUAUUGCAACAAUCAAAUAAAUUGGUAACAUUUAUUUUACGUAUGAACGUUUUGAAAAUUGAGGCCACACAAUUAAUGUACGUAUGGAAAGUUGGUAAAAUUUUUAUCCACGCACAUUUGUUACUGCGUUCAACGCAUAACCAGAUAAUCUUGUAUUGUUUAGAAUUUAAUGGUUACGUUGCACAAGUGAAACAAUAUUCUAAUAAGUAAUAUGAUGUAACAGUCAAAUUGGAUAUAUGAUAAAAUUAUAUACCUAUUCUUUUUUUUACAUUAUGUAAUAUACGUGAUACAUAUACAUACUGAAUUUGCAGAUUGUUACUGUGCACAAUGUUUAUCAUAUUUAAGAAAAUGUUGAAAUUAUUGAAUUAGAAAAUCUUCUCUCAUUAAAUAUCUCUGUUAAUGAAAGUUGUUACAUUGUUUUUUAUUCGACUAUUGUACAUAUUUGAUAAAUGCAAUUAUCAAAUAGAAUUAAAGUAAAAACUUGUUUUAG